UCUUUAAUUCUCUCAUUUUAUGUAUAUAGUGUGAUAUUCUCCACUAUACAUCAAACUUAUACAAAAGAAAAAAGAAAUAUUUGGAGCACUACCUAGUACAAUAUUAAUGGCUUUCUCAUCUAUUCCUUUCUAUCAAGAUCCUCCCAAUUGGCAUCAUGAGCAAGGAAAUCAUCAUCAACAACAACAACAUCUCGGAAUUACUAAUGAGAACUCCUCUGAGCUCUCGCCAACUGUUUUGCCACCUCCAGGAGCAGCACCAGGAGGAGGUGGUGGUCCAGUUGGCUCAACUAGGUCUGGCUCGAUAACAGAAAGAGCCAGGCUACCAAAGAUAACUCAACCAGAUGUGGCCUUAAAAUGUCCACGUUGUGAGUCUACAAACACUAAGUUUUGUUACUUUAACAACUACAACCUUUCUCAACCUCGUCAUUUUUGCAAGACUUGUCGGAGGUACUGGACUAUAGGUGGCACUUUGAGGAACGUCCCCGUGGGAGGUGGAUGUAGGAGGAACAACAAGAGAUCAAGUAGUAAAAGAUCAAGAAAAUCCCCAAUUAGAAGUGAAAGAUCAAGAAAUGUUCCAAUUAGUACUUCUAAUAGUACUAAUACUAUUACUACUCCUAGCCAUUUUCCUCCUUCAAGUACACAUUUGUCAUUCUUUAAUACCCCUUUUCAUAAUUUCAAUAACUUCAAUUCUACUCAAAAUUGUUUAAAUUUUGGAGAAAUUCAACCUCAUGAGGGUGAUCCAACAUUUGUUGACCAAUUUAGACAUCAACAAAUGGAAAAAUUUUCUUUCUUCUCCCCCUUAGAACAACCUAGUAAUUUAUAUCCAAUUUAUAGUGAAUUUAGGAUUAAUCAUCAUGAUUUGGAAAAUGUGAAGGUGGAAGAGAAUAAAAGUAGUACUAAUAGUACCCAAGGGAUGAAUUUACAAAGAAAUAACAAUUUGGGGGUUAAUCAAUUUUGGACAAAUUAUAAUAUUUCUAGUACUUCCACUAGCCAACUAUUGUGAUUUUCUUGAUCUAUCUUCAAGAGAAAACCCUAUAAAGCUACUUGAGUAGUUCUUAUUUUACUUUGGAUAAUGGUGACGUCCUGGCUAACUUUUGUACGCAUUAUGUCACAUGUGUACCUACUGUCUCUAAUCAGCACAUACCAUAUUACUUUGCCUAUCAAGACUUAAAUGCAACAAACUUGUGCUUUUCGUUUAACUUAUAUACACGUUCCUACUUAUUGGGUAACUCUGCUCAUCCAAGCUUACGAGCAAGUAUGACAUUCACUUUGAUUUGCUUCUACAGUAUUCUCAUCUAGAUUGUAUGUUUUCUCAUUGUUUGGUUUUUUGAGUAUUGUGUUUGAAAAAUGUAGUAUUAUUGCAUCAUCUAACAUGAAGUUGAUGAUUAUGAGAUGUAAUCCAAUGCAAUUAGUGACUUUAUUA